AUGAAAGCGGAGAAGAUUAAAAGACCCUUCUCUCUACCUUGGCAAAUGCGAAUUCUGGCCUGGUUCCUACUCAUCGUCGGAAUCCUGGCAUCGGCCGCCUUCACCACCUUUUACGGCAUUGGUUUCGGAGACUCUGCAUGCAAACAAUGGCUGAGCUCCCUCUUUGUGUCCUUCUUUGUCGACCUUUGUCUUACGCAACCACUCAAAGUUAUCCUUUUUGCGAUAUUAUUUGCCUUCAUCUGCAAGCAAAAGGUAUUUGAGGAGGAAUUGAACUUUAUGGAAGAGGAUGAAAUGCUCAUGAGCAGUCUAGGUCGACGAUACCGACUGAACCACGCCGAGGAAUACCUCCACGAGGACUAUCUAAGCAGAAAGUUCAGGGACGCACGUGCCGUUCGGCCUCCGGACCCCGAGAUGCUGGAGAAAUCCCGCAUCCUCCGCUCCAAGGAACGUCGGAUGCAUGAUAUGUUGCGCGAGUUCCUAUUUUUCUUCAUCUUCUUCACACUGCUCGUGAUAGUCUCAAAUGGAUUCCGUGAUCCACAAGCUACGAACGUUCGGGAGGGGCUGGGGCGGUUAUUUUUUCCAGACAAUUUCUCACAGAUAAACUCGAUCAGUCACUUCUGGCAGUGGGUACGGGAAUACCUCGUUCCAGGUCUGCGAGCACAGAGAUGGUACAAUGGAGAACCUCCCAUUGGUCUUCGGGGAUUCUUAGCCGACCGUGUUAGUCGAAUAAUGGGUUUUGCUACUAUGCGCCAGUUAAGGACCCGAGAGGGUAAGUAUCUGAUGAAAAUGCGCGGUACACUCCAUUUUUUCCUUACGGAGAGGUUAAACUUCAAUCUGAUUUUCAAAAUUUAA